CAAUCCAAAGGCGCCCCUGCUCCAACCGUGCAGGAACAAGAAUCCAAGCCCCGUCUGUCCCCGCUCUGCGUCGUCCACUCGCGCCUCGCGUCGCCCUCCCGCCGCCCGCAUCACCAUCACGUGAGCCUUCGCGAUGCUGCCGGCCCGCCGCUGGUAGUAUAGUCCUCCCCUGCUUUCCUCCGCGCGGCCGGGGAGCCAGAGAGCGCGAGCUCGAGAAGCAAGCGCGCAGGAGAUGGCGGGAGACGACGCCCGGACCGGCGCGGUGGCGCCGGCGGAGGAGGAGCCGCACGUGGAGCGGCUUCCGGCCGACAUCCUCGCCCACGUCCUCUCCCUCCUCCCCUCCUUCCACGACCUCUCCAUGGCCGGGGCAGUGAGCCGGCGGUGGCGCCGCGCGGUGGGCCGGUCGCUGGCGACGCGGCGGCGGCUGAGCCUGGCGGGGCAGCGCACCGGCGACGAGUCCACCGCGCGCCUCGUCCGCGCCGCCGUCAACCUCCGCGACCUCGACAUUUCACGAAGCUGCUGGGGGUGCCACAUCACGGACCAGGGCCUGCUCGACAUCUCCUCGGCGGCGUGCGUCGGCAACCUCACCUCCGUCUCGCUGUGGGGGCUCGCCGGGAUCACUGACAAGGGCGUCGUCCAUCUGGUCUCAAAGGCUCGUUCACUGCAGCACCUGAACAUUGGUGGGACAUUCAUCACUGACGAAUCGCUCUAUGCAGUUGCAGACAGUUGUACAAACUUGAAGAGUAUCAUACUGUGGAGCUGCCGCCACGUGACUGAGGCCGGACUAGUAGCACUCGUGAACAAGUGCCCGGAACUGGAGUGCAUCAACGUUGGCGGGAUGCGGGUGUCGCCGGAGAGCUUCGCGGGCCUGCAGUCCAUCAGCCCCGCCCUGCGGAUCAGGUCCAUCCCGCAGAUCCUCAACGCUGACGUGCAGGUCGCCUGAAAGAAAAAAGAUACCACUCUUAUAUACCGCAGUCCAUGGCUCCAUGGAAAUUACUAUUGGAAGAAAAGGUGAGAAUCAAGUGCUUUAUGCCGUUCUUGAUUCAGGUUGUGUUGAUGUGUUGACAGUGUUGUGCAUAUGUUGACUUGUACAUACAUGUUGUAAAGAAUAAAAGUGUACAUACUCUGCAAAACUAUGCAUCCGGACUGUUCAAAAAGUUGGAUGCUGUACAGUUACAGAUUCAUUUUCAGUUCAUUUGUGAGAUCAAUUUGACAAUAAGUUCCUUUGA